GCUGCGGACAAACAGAGAACUCUAAGAUUAUAUAUAGGAUACCUUUUAAUGAGUAACUAACAAGAUGGUAUGGAUUUUUGGCAGAAUACAAGUGAAAAAAUUUCGAAAAAAUGGGGUGGACGUAUAAUUUUGCGUCGCAGUGUAUAGGGUAAAAAGGCCACCCUGUUAGUGACAAGGGCGUAGCCAUGGGACGAUUUCAGGGGAGAGUUUAUCCCUGUUUUUACCUUUUGAAAGAGUUUCUAAUUUGAUUGUCUUGAUGAAAUCAACAUCCUCUAUACAAUUAUACAAAACAUUCCUUAGUUUGUUAGACAUAUUUCCCUCAGUUUACUAAUAGAAAAUACGAAGAUGUUUUUACGAACAAAUGUUGCAGUUCCACAUAGACCACAAUUACAUCCUCGAGAAGAAUUACUUCUAAUUCGUGAUUGUUGGGGCGAACUUCCAACAGAACGUCCAAGGAUUGAUCAAGUUCGCUCAAUGUUAAAGCAAAUGGUAAGAGAUGGAAAUCAAAAUUUAAUGGAUUAUGUUUUUGGAAUGUUAGAGCAAUAUGCAAGUUCUUUAGAACAAGAAGUUGAAGAAAGAACUAGAGAAUUAGUUGAAGAAAAAAGGAAAAGUGAUAUUCUUUUGUAUAGAAUGCUUCCAAAACAAGUUGCUGAAAAAUUAAAAUUGGGGGAAUUCGUUGAACCAGAACAAUUUAGUGCAGCAACAAUAUUCUUUUCUGAUGUUGUUUCGUUUACAACAUUAGCUAGUAAAUGUUCUCCUUUACAGGUAGUAAAUCUGUUGAAUGGAUUAUACACAGCAUUUGAUGGGAUUAUUGACACUCAUGAUGUUUAUAAAGUUGAAACAAUCGGGGAUGGUUAUUUAGUUUGUUCUGGAAUUCCUCGGAAAAAUGGGAAUGACCAUGCUAAAGAAAUUUCUGAACUUGCAUUUGCUUUCCUACGUACCGUCUCAACAUUUAGAGUUGACCAUUUGCCAAAUGAACGUGUUAAUUUACGUAUUGGAAUACAUACUGGACCAGCAGUAGCUGGAGUUGUUGGAUUGACAAUGCCUCGUUAUUGUUUAUUUGGAGACACUGUAAAUACAGCUAGUAGAAUGGAAUCUAAUGGAAGACCUGGACGUAUCCAUAUAUCAACCACAACUAAUCAUUAUUUAACUAACAUAAUUGGAGGAUAUGUAACUGAACCUAGAGGAGAAGUAAUUAUUAAAGGAAAAGGAGUUAUGGAAACAUUUUGGCUACUUGGACAUUCUGGAGAUUCCAAUAUAGCAUUUGGAGGGUUGCGAAGCGAUGUUGUCGAGACUCCAGAACCAAUUUAA